AGCAAAGAAGAGAAAACUCAACCAACCAAGUAGUAGUGAUAAUAGUUCUCAAGUUCUUCUCUCUUUCUCUCUCUUGUCAUUGUAUGAGCAUUGAAUAGCUGAGCUUAAAGAGAAGCCAGAGAAUCCACAUCCCAACGGUCAAGAGAAACUUCAGUACAUUCAUUCAGGUAAGAAUGAAGACGGUUUAAUUUGAGCACUGAGCAAGCCUUUAAAGCUACUAUUUCAUAGCAGUGGAAAUGGAAGAGGUUUCAAUGCAGGGUGAAGUUACAGCCAUGGAUAGACUAAACAAUGUGGUUUUAGAUAUUGAAAGCCUCACACAACCUCUUGAAAAAUGCUCUGGAAGUCCGAAAAUGACUAAGGCUCUUUCUCGGAAGGGUUCAAACCGAAUGGAGAGGCGAAACGAGGAACAAGAAAAUGAUGAAGCUUCUAAAAAACUUAUUGUUAAAGUGGUUGGUUCGCAAAUGGAGUUGUUAAAGCAGCCAUUGAUGCCGAACAAAGCUCACUUAAUGUUAUCAACUUCAGCAAAUGGUCCUGUCCUUGUCGAUACCGGAGAUAGCAGGAAUAAGCGAUUUCAUCGCCUAAUGAUACAUCCACGCCAAAUUCUUCUCCUCUUUGCAACAGUGUCAAGCAUGGGCACAAUGAUCCUCAUUUAUUUCACACUUUCCAUGAACAGAAGAGGUGGUGACUAGCAGUUAAAAAGCGUUUCUCUUAGAAGUUUGUUGGGUGUGAAGAUGUGUGGAAUUUUUUUUGAUAAUUAUUAUUUUAAUGUUUCUUUAAUUUCCUUCUAUAAUUUGUAUCUCUCCUUCGGUGGAGCGGUGAGAGCGUUUCAAUAGCCUAUAAAAAGUGAUCGCUGUAAGAGUUGAUAUGGGAUGGUAGCUAUCCACUUUUUGAUUAUGUUUUUGUUU